GAGAAGGAGGAGGGGACUCUUUCUCCGGGCGGAGGGAUCGCGCUCGCUCGCCCUGGCUGGCGGCGGCGGCGGCAGCAGCGGCGUCGUUGGCGGCGGGUUGCUGUGAGUUGUUGUUUCCUCCUCCUGCCCGUGGGUUGAAUGGUGGAGCCGAGACUCUUUCUGGUGAACGAACAGUGACAGCUACCGGGCGGGCGGACGCGUUUCGCUGGGCCCCGACGCUGCCGCGGGAGCGCGGCCCGAGCUCCCCCCCCCUUUUCCCCCCCCUCCCCUUCCCGGUUUUCGCCUCGCCAUGUCCGGGGACGGCGGCAGCAGGCACACGGCGGAGCUGCGAGCGGGUGAGUGCCGGGAGAGCCGCCGUGCUGGGGCGGCGGGAACCGAGCGGGAGCCGGAGAAGGGCGACGGGGUUGGGGGAAGAAAGAAAAGCUGUCGGGGAAGGGGCGAGUUGCAGCCUUCACCGCGUCUUCUCCUCCCCUCAGAGCUCUACUUCCUCAUCGCCCGCUUUUUGGAAGACGGACCCUGCCAGCAAGCGGCUCAGGUCCUGAUCCGAGAAGUGGCGGAGAAAGAGCUGCUGCCCAAGCGUACGGACUGGACGGGCAAGGAGCAUCCCCGGAGCUACGAGAACCUGGUGAAAUAUUACAGACACUUGGCACCUGAUCACUUGCUUCAAAUAUGCCAUCGUCUUGGACCGCUUCUAGAGCAAGAAAUUCCCCAAAGUGUCCCUGGAGUGCAGACGUUAUUAGGAGCUGGCAGACAGUCUUUGCUUCGUACAAACAAAAGUUGCAAACAUGUUGUCUGGAAGGGAUCUGCUCUCGCUGCCCUGCAUUGUGGGAGGCCUCCGGAGUCCCCUGUGAAUUAUGGCAGUCCACCUAGUAUAGUGGAUACUUUGUUUUCAAGAAAACUAAAUGGAAAAUACAGACUCGAGCGCCUUGUUCCAACUGCAGUCUAUCAGCAUAUGAAGAUGCACAAAAGAAUUUUAGGACACUUAUCUUCUGUAUACUGUGUAACCUUCGAUCGAACUGGCAGGCGUAUAUUUACUGGCUCAGAUGAUUGCCUAGUGAAAAUCUGGGCAACAGAUGAUGGAAGGUUGCUGGCUACACUGAGAGGACAUGCAGCUGAAAUAUCUGAUAUGGCAGUGAACUAUGAAAACACCAUGAUAGCUGCUGGAAGCUGUGAUAAAAUGAUCAGAGUUUGGUGCCUCCGAACUUGUGCACCCUUGGCAGUUCUGCAGGGUCACAGUGCAUCUAUAACAUCGUUGCAGUUCUCUCCACUGUGCAGUGGCUCAAAAAGAUACUUAUCUUCAACCGGGGCAGAUGGAACAAUAUGCUUUUGGCUGUGGGAUGCUGGCACCCUUAAAAUAAAUCCGAGGCCAACAAAGUUUACAGAACGUCCUCGUCCUGGAGUCCAAAUGAUCUGUUCUUCUUUUAGUGCUGGUGGAAUGUUUUUGGCCACUGGGAGUACAGAUCACAUCAUUAGGGUUUAUUUCUUUGGAUCAGGUCAGCCAGAGAAGAUAUCAGAGUUGGAGUUUCAUACUGACAAAGUUGACAGCAUUCAGUUUUCUAAUAGUAGUAGCAGAUUCGUAAGUGGGAGCCGUGACGGAACAGCACGAAUCUGGCAGUUUAAGCGAAGGGAAUGGAAAAGCAUUUUGUUAGAUAUGGCUACUCGCCCAGCAGGACAAAGUUUACAAGGAGUCGAAGAUAAAAUCACAAAGCUGAAAGUGACCAUGGUGGCAUGGGACCGCCAUGACAAUUCUGUUAUAACUGCUGUAAAUAACAUGACUCUGAAAGUCUGGAAUUCCUUCACUGGCCAACUCAUUCAUAUUCUGAUGGGACAUGAGGAUGAAGUAUUUGUACUUGAACCCCAUCCAUUUGAUCCAAGAGUUCUCUUCUCCGCUGGCCACGAUGGAAAUGUCAUCGUUUGGGAUUUGGCAAGAGGGGUCAAAAUCCGGUCUUACUUCAACAUGAUUGAAGGACAAGGACAUGGUGCAGUUUUUGACUGCAAGUGCUCUCCUGAUGGACAGCAUUUUGCAUGUACAGAUUCUCACGGUCACCUUCUGAUUUUUGGCUUUGGUUCCAGUAGCAAAUACGACAAGAUAGCAGAUCAGAUGUUCUUUCAUAGUGAUUAUCGGCCCCUUAUCCGUGAUGCCAACAACUUUGUCCUGGAUGAACAGACACAGCAGGCUCCACACCUUAUGCCUCCCCCCUUUUUGGUUGAUGUGGAUGGGAACCCUCAUCCUGCAAGGUAUCAAAGACUAGUUCCUGGUCGUGAGAACUGCAGGGAGGAACAGCUUAUUCCUCAGAUGGGAGUGACAUCUUCAGGGUUGAACCAGGUUCUUAGUCAACAAGCAAAUCAAGAAGUAAGUCCAUUGGAUAGCAUGAUUCAAAGACUUCAGCAGGAGCAGGACCAGAGACGUUUGGGGGAGGCAGGAACCAGUAGUACCAACCGGAUAAACAGAGGGUCUGUAAGUUCUACCUCAGAAGUACAUUCACCACCAAAUAUAGGGUUAAGGCGUAGUGGACAAAUUGAAGGUGUUCGUCAAAUGCAUAGCAACGCACCAAGGAGUGAAAUUGCCACUGAGCGGGACCUUGUGGCUUGGAGUCGAAGGGUUGUAGUUCCUGAACUGUCUUCUGGUGUGGCCAGUAGGCAGGAAGAGUGGAGAACAGCAAAGGGAGAAGAAGAAGUAAGGGUGUAUCGAUCAGAAGAGAAAAGGAAACAUAUAACAAGUCACAUUCAAAAAGAAAACAAGAUACCUGCUUUCUCCAAGAACCAUUCCCAUGAUCAUUUACUAGACACCAACGACUCGAAAAAGCAGCAAGCUAAUCAGCACAACUACCGUACAAGAUACGCAGUAGAAGAAACUGCAAGGCCUGCUGAAGAGUUAGAAAAUGGACACAGUUCCUCAGAUGAAGGGGAAGUAGUUGUUGCCAGUGGUGGAACAUCAGAAGAUGAUGAAAGAGCAUGGCAUAGCGAUGGCAGUUCUAGUGACUACUCCAGUGAUUAUUCUGACUGGACAGCAGAUGCUGGAAUCAACUUGCAACCACCAAAGAAAAUUCCUAAAAUUAAAACAAAGAAAGCAGAAAGCAGUUCAGAGGAUGAGGAAGGACAUGAAAAACAAAAGAAGCAAAUUAAGAAGGAAAGGAAGAAAGGGAUUGAGGAGAAAGAUGGACCGUCAACAUCACCAAAGAAGAGGAAACCCAAAGAAAGAAAACAAAAGAGGCUGGCUGUGGGAGUUCUGGCAGAAAAUGGUUUGACACCAGAAGAAUGGCUGCCUUCAGCAUGGAUUACGGACACUGUUCCUCGUCGGUGUCCAUUUGUGCCGCAGAUGGGGGAUGAGGUGUACUACUUCCGACAAGGUCAUGAAGCCUAUGUUGUAAUGGCUAAGAAGAACAAGAUAUACAGCAUUAAUCCCAAGAAACAACCAUGGCAUAAAAUGGAAUUAAGGGAGCAAGAGCUGAUGAAAAUAGUUGGGAUUAAGUAUGAAGUGGGAUUGCCUACUCUCUGCUGUCUUAAACUAGCUUUUCUUGACCCUGAUACGGGUAAACUAACUGGAGGAUCAUUCACCAUGAAGUACCAUGACAUGCCAGAUGUCAUAGAUUUCCUAGUUUUGAGGCAGCAAUUUGAUGAUGCAAAACACAGGCGAUGGAAUAUAGGUGAUCGUUUCAGGUCAGUGAUAGAUGAUGCUUGGUGGUUUGGAACAAUUGAAAGCCAGGAACCUCUUCAGCCUGAUUAUCCUGAUAGUUUAUUUCAGUGCUACAAUGUCUGCUGGGACAAUGGUGAUACUGAGAAGAUGAGCCCUUGGGACAUGGAGCUGAUACCAAGUAAUGCUGUAUUUCCAGAAGAACUGGGAACUAGUGUUCCUUUAACAGAUGAUGAACGCAGAACACUGCUCUACAAGCCUCUGGAUGGAGAGUGGGGUUCCAGAACCCGGGACGAGGAGUGUGACAGAGUUAUUGCAGGGAUAAACCAGCUCAUGACUCUGGAUAUUGCUUCUGCAUUUGUGGCACCUGUGGAUCUUCAGGCUUACCCAAUGUAUUGCACUGUUGUGGCAUAUCCCACAGACCUCAGUACCAUUAAACAAAGACUGGAAAGCAGAUUUUACAGGCGCCUUUCCUCCUUAAUGUGGGAAGUCCGAUACAUAGAACACAACACUCGCACGUUUAAUGAACCCGGAAGCCCUAUUGUCAAAUCUGCCAAGUUUGUCACAGAUCUCCUACUACACUUCAUAAAAGACCAGAGUUGCUAUGAUGUAAUUCCAUUAUACAAUGCAAUGAAGAAGAAAGUGUUGUCUGACUCUGAUGAGGAAGAAGAGAAAGAUACAAAUGUGCCAGGAACUUCCACUAGAAAAAGAAAGGAUCAUCAGCCGAAGCGGCGGCUGCGUAACAGAGCUCAGUCGUAUGACAUUCAGUCAUGGAAGAAGCAAUGCCAGGAGCUGCUGAAUCUCAUUUUUCAGUGUGAAGACUCUGAGCCAUUUCGACAGCCAGUGGAUCUCCUGGAAUAUCCGGAUUAUAGAGAUAUUAUUGAUACUCCUAUGGAUUUUGCUACUGUUAGAGAAACACUGGAAGCUGGCAACUAUGAGUCACCAAUGGAGUUAUGUAAAGAUGUGAGACUUAUUUUCAGCAAUUCCAAGGCUUACACACCAAGUAAAAGAUCAAGGAUCUACAGCAUGAGUUUGCGCCUUUCUGCUUUCUUUGAAGAGCACAUCAGCUCUAUUUUAUCUGAUUACAAAUCCGCCCUGCGCUUCCACAAAAGGAAUACAAUAAAGAAAAGAAGGAAAAAAAGAAGCAGAAGCAGCUCAGUUUCCAGUAGUGUUGCGUCCAGCCCUGAAAGGAAGAGGCGUUUAAUAAAACCUCCGCUGAAAGCAGAAACUUCUGCCACCUCUUCAUCUUCUGCACCUGCACGGUCAACUGCACUGAGACAUGCUUCACCUCAGAUGAAUGGGAAAGCAGCCGAGAGCUCUUCUCUGGUGCGGACUAGGAGCAAUAGGGGGGUAACAGAUAUGGCUGUUACAGAGCAACCGUCAACUUCCUCAGGAGCAAAGCCUUUGACAAUAAAGCCCUUAAUUACAAAGCCUAAUACUCCUGCAGGGUCAGGAAAGUCAGUCCUGGAGAACUCAACCAAACAUUCCAAGAACCAGAAUAUUGUAUCAAUCCCCAGUCAGUCUGAUCUGAAUCCCAACGCUAGGAAUAACUCCACGAGAGAAAAUCCUGAGAAAGAGAAGCAGAUCAAGCGCAAAGUAAAAUCUUCCACUGUUAAUCAACAAGCGGAGUGCAAGAAUAACGCCUUGGCAUCGGGAAGCGUUCAGGUCAAUGGACAUGGGGGACAGCCUUCAAAACCUCCAGUGAAAAGAGGUUCUGGACGGAAACCAAAGGUGGAGACCAACAACAGUAGCUGUGAAGUGGUGCACAAGAAAAGAGGCAGAAAACCGAAAAAGCUGCAGAUUGUGGAACAGCAAAAGGUUGCGGAGCAGAAUAUGAUCCAGACUCCAAGGGAUAUACCAGAAGAAGCCUCUGCUUCUACUGCUUGCAAUUCUCUUUCUGAAAAUAAUAUGAAGGAAGACUUGUUACAAAAAAAAGGCCGUGGGGGUAGAAAGCCAAAAAGGAAGAUCAAGACCCAUCAGCCAGGCUCGGACCUCUUAGUUCCUGCAAAUGUUAAAAUGCAGACGAGAAGCAGGAGGAAAAAGAUAGUUGAGCCUAUGGAGGAAGGCUCUGAAGAGCUUAAAGAUUCUGAACCUCACAUGAGAACUAGAAAUCAGGGUAGGAGGACAGCCUUUUACAAUGAAGAUGACUCUGAGGAAGAGCAAAGGCAGCUAUUGUUUGAAGACACCUCCUUGACUUUUGGAACGUCUAGCAGAGGCAGAGUCCGAAAGUUGACUGAAAAGGCAAAAGCUAAUUUAAUCGGUUGGUAAUUGUUACCAAGGGUUUUACUUCAGAAUGCUACGAAGCAGGUACAGUUAAGGAACGGCAGAACAGACUUUCUGCUUCCCUGCUGCUAUUAUGGGUUAGAAGAGUAUGUUCUGAUUUGGGGAGAAAAAAAUCAGCAAAAACAAACCAACAAACACAAACUGAAAAGAACAUUCUUUGAGAAAAAGAUAUAUUUUAAACUUUUGCUAUUUAUUGCCCUCCAGAUAGGUUGUGUGUUUCAACGGUCCUUUUAUUCACAGAUGACAAAAAAUAGUGAAGCGAUUUCUGACUGGCCUACAGAGUUGGGAACUACUCUGCAGGAGUAGUGCUCUGGUGAUAAAACCUUCGAUGCCACAAACCUGAAAACAGAAGUCUGGUUUUGAGCAAGCAAGGUACUUAACUUGUUUGUUGUGAAGUCAAGUGGCUUAGGCAAGCAGAUUUGGGCAAAAAUAAAAGUGGCAGUAAAUUCACUCACGUUUCUACUUAAACACAAAAGUACCAAACUUUGCUAAUCUGGAAAAUGUCAAAUUUCAGCUUUGAUGGAACAUUCACCUGCAAAAGAAGCCUGGCACAGGCUGUUGGUUUAUCCAAGUUCUGCCAAACAUAGCAAAAAUGUAAUCACAAAUAUAUAUAUAUAUAUAUAUCCACAUUGGAAAAAAGCUUGACUAAUGUCUAAUUUUUCAGACCUUGAUUCUUGUAUCAAUCACUAAAUCUCUGUUUAUUGUGCCAAAGACUGAGAAUCAGUGCAGUGGAAAGCCUUUGGGUUUUUUUUCCCUUUUCAGAGUGUCAGUCCAGCAUCCCAUUUGCAGUGAUGAAAGCUGUGUCUUGUUUUUAAACAGUCAGUUGUUAACAUUGUUCUGAAACUUAUCCCUUUUUUUUUGGUACUUUUGGUAGAAAAUAAUGCACUGGUGGGGGUCCUUUUGACAGAGAUGUUUUAGAUGGUGUACAGUUGGUUAAAGGAUUCAAGGAAAUUACAGGGCAGGUAUUUGGAAUUAGGAUGUUUACUUUCUGAUCCAGAUUGUUGCUUCUACAACUUGCGACGUGCCGCAGAGGCUCAAAUGACCUACAAAGAAAAGAGAGUGUGUUUGUGUAUAUUAACAUAUGCACAAACACAUACCUAAAAAGUAUUUACCCAGGUAUACAUUGUUUUCAGGAUUCCUUUCUUUUUUUAGAUAGCACUAGAAUUGAAAUUUUAAAAGGUCAUACUUCCUGGUUUUAAUUUUGAGGGGAAGAUUGGUGAUUUUCAAUGACUAAGGUUAUAAAAGGCCAAAUCACUUUUUAUGCAAUCAUGUUUUCUACCGUGGUCUCAUUGCACAUUGUGUUUUUUCUGCACUUUUUAUGGUAUCUCACGCUGACAUACGUCAAUAUACACCCUAAAGAAAAAAACAAAGUUCCAUUUAAUGAUUGUGCCUUGUAUUCUAUUAUUUCUUGCAUCCUUAGGAAAGUUAAGUUGUCUAUUGUAAAUGAUAACUAUAUGACUUAGGGGAAUGUAUUGUUCUAUGUACUGCUCUGGAAAAGAAAAAGCAGUUAUUUAUUUCUUUAUGGUACAUUUAGUUAUUUUAUACCUUUACAAAACAAACUUUAAUACCAUUUUCUAUCACGUCCAAGAAUUGUCCAGUUUUAAGGGGUGGGGGUGGGGAAAUAUAGUAGCAGUCAUAUUAUCUGAGGUCUGGUAUGGUACAAAAAUGUAACCACAGUUUUCUGGUUCUGCAUGGUUUGGGGAGUUUGGGGAUUGUGAAAGGUUUCUUCUUUUUUUUUUUUUUCAGUUUCAUUUUUUUCUUUCUUUGUUUGGGGUUGUUUUUGUGUGUGUGUGACCCUAAUUCAGUUGGAAAAAUAAACUGAAAGGAAAUCUCAGUUCAGGUACCUCUGAACAUUGAUAUCUGCCACCGAGAGCAACAGAAGUAAACUACUGUGGAUAGCAAAUUAGUAUCCACCAUACCUAGUUUGGGGUAGCUCAUUAUGCAUUUUGCUACCAAAACCAGAUGAGUAAAAUGUUUUCCAGAUCCUCUUUGACUUGUUACAGAUACAAAUCUGGGUAGCAGGGAUUAAUGUGCAUUUCAUUUGGUGUAUUUAUGUGGUGUUUUUUUUCCCUGACACCUACUCCUUUGUCAUUCAAUUAAAACAGUUACUAAAGGUGGUACUAGAACAAGCUAUGGUCAUGCAGUUGCCAGUACAACUUCCGAAUUCAGAGCUAAUGGAUUCUUCCUCAUUCCUUUUGUCAAAUCUCACUGAUGAAGGCAAUCAUUUGGAAAAGAAAAUGUGUAAUUUCCUGAUGUUAUCUGCAUUGUAAUAUAUGAAAUAGAUUAUAUCUACAAUCCCAGCUUCUGUAUUUACUCCAUUUGUAAUAAUGUUUUCUAUGGCAUGUUUCUGUAUAUAUUUAUAUAUCAAAAAUACCUUGUCUGUAAGUUUUUGGAGACUGAAAUAACAGCAGGUAGAAAAUUGUGCAUUUCAUUUGAGGAGAAUAGAAAAGGCCUUACCUGCAGAACAUGGGUACUGCUUCCCACUCACUAACAUCGGUGACUUUAGCCAGUGAUUAUUAUUUCUUUUUUAAUUCACAUGAAACUCCUGUUUUUCCUUUUUAAAAUAAACUGUAUAGAUAAUUUGGGUCAUUUUUUUUUAUAGAGGCAACACUUUAAAAAAAAUAUUAGGAAUUAAUAGCAGAUUUAUUUAAAAGUUCUAUAUUUUUGUAAUUUUAGUUUUGCUAGGUUGAAAACUUUAUUUAUGAGACUUUAGUCACCAUCAGACUGUGGAAAAAUGUCAUGUUUGAGGUGGUUGUGAUGUCCUGUAUGGACACAGAAAAAGAGCUUUUGAUUCCAGAGCCUUUAAGUUGUUUGUUUUUUUAAUGUGAGCAAUAAACUAUAGGUCAGUGUUCUGAAGCAAUGGAAGAACUACGGUGACAUGCACGUUCUGUCACGCCACCUCCACUCCCCAGCAGCUGGCUCAGGAAGCGGAGUGUCAGACUCUGAGGCGCUCGUUUCACGUCUGCGUUGUAAAUAACAGGCUCGCAGUCAGAGGCACGCAGACGGUCCGACAGAGCUGGCAGCAGUUAGUGCAGUUUUAUCCAUUACAUUCAUUUACGUUUUACAUGGAUGUGGAGAUACUGUUCUGGUAUUCCUGCUCCGUGCUGGGGAACGUUGCAGCUGGUGUUUACCUCUGAGUGCUAUCUCAGUAAUGGUUCUCCAGCUGCCCGUGAGGAAGUGACUUCUGUUGGCAAUGCCGGUGUGCUCUGCCUGUCUGACGGCAAUCACUGUGCCUACACACCUCACUGCUCUGCACCCGUUGGGUUUCUGUUGAUAGUGUGUUUUGCAGGACCUGAACUGAACCCUUCCCUCUAUAGCGUUCACUGUUGUCAAUACUGAACUAGAGCUCUUUGUCACUCGGCAGCGACCAGUGAUACAUUACAGAGAAAUGUCUUCCUCCAAGUGAUGAGACUGCUGUGAUAUAGAUUUACAGAUGUUUAUUUGUACAGUGUCUGCUUUGUACAUGUGAUCACUUUGUUGAUAGACUUGUAAGAUUGAGUUGGUUGAGUUAAAUAUAACUAUGGCUUAAUAUUUGUAAAACUAUGAAUCGAUAAAGGACCCUGAUGCAGCACGUAGGAUAUAUUAAUAUCUAUUAAAAAUAAGUCGUAGUGUAGAGACAACUUACUCACUGUAUUGCUGUACAAAUAUUUUUCAAGUACCAAUUCUGAUUCUGUGCCAGAGGCUUUUAUCUUACCAAAAAAAAGAAAAAGAAAAAAAAAAAAAAAAAAGAAGAAAAAAAGAGAUAACAUACAACAGAAAAAAAUAGUCUGUCCAUUCAGUAACUUCAGGCUUGUUACAGCUCUUACACCACAUUGUUGAACCCUUUUUUGCUCACAUUUGUUGGAUCAAGGACUACAAGUAAAUGCUGUAGCGUGUAAUUUGAAUGUAGGCACAUCUGAAGUGGUUGACUGGUUCUAUAAAAGCAAUAGGCUGAACUGGAUGGGACCCUUUCACCCUGUACUUGCGCAGUAGAGUUUGGAAGUUAGAGGUUUUUAAGCUCACUUUCAUUGACAUCUGCCUUUAAGUUGAAGCAUGCGAAUCUUGCUUGAGGUAAUUUUAUCAUGUUGCUGGUUGGUCAAGAUACAGCCACGCCACAAUAAUUGCAAUGUGUCUUGAGUCCUUACCUUAUCUCUAACGUAGUAGAUUUUGUCCACAAUAGUUUUUUCAAGGGUUUUUGUUUUGUCUUUUAAAGCAAAAAAAAUAGUUGUUUAACAAGGGUUUAAAUAUAACUCUGCAACAGUGCUAUGAUGCAGAAGGUAGAGGGCUUUAAAACCUCACCUAGAAACAGCAAAAGCUCAUUUUGUGUUCGCUACCUAGUGGAGACAAUUGAACUGUAAAAUACUAUAUAGUCUAUUUUCUUUUUACCCCUGUAACAGAAUGGUUUCCAAGGGGACCUUAGAUAUUGAACUAAUAAAAGGGCUGUUAGUUUUCUGCUGUAAAUGGUGUUCUCUAUGUGCUUGUUUGUAGGCAGAGGAAAGAAGGCGGAUUAAGUUGCAUGGAAUUGGCCAAGGCUUGACAAUGUGUUUCCAAUAACAAAUCAGGUACUGACAGCUUACUGAGACCUUCCUGGUUGUGACCUGGGAGAGACUUAUCUGCUGUGUGUGUGGGGAAAUAACAGGGAGCUUUUAAUCUAGAGCUAACUUCUAGCUGCUCUGGCACCUAUGCUAGUUUGGAUGUGGGAAUUGCCCAUGUCGUUUUUACAGUGUGUUAGAGAAGGAAACACACCAGGAGACCACAGAUUAAAAGACAAAUUGCAGAAAAAAAAGGUGAUUAGCUUUAUUCUUUUUUUCUUCCCCCCCUCACGGUUCUAUCAGCCUCACAGCACUCUAGAGAGAAACCUUAUAUGCUGCAAUAAAAUAAAGGUGAAUAGUUUAUAGGAGGUGUGGGUAGUGAGGCAAGUAGGCAUUUGGAUCCUUUUUAAUGCAGAUAAAUACAUCAGGAAAUUCACUUUGAGUAAGGCAAACAAUACAUAUUAGGGAGGGGAGGCAGUACUGUGCUAUCAGUUUCUACCCUGAAAGAACAAAGAAUUUGAGGUCAUACAGAUUAGGACUGGAAAGAAACAGAAGUACUUGCCCGUGUGAGGCACCUGUGCUGGUUUGUGCAUAGGACUGCAUGCGUUAGUUUGCCAAUCACUGGGACCGCAGGGAAGUUACAUUUUUGGACCAUACUAAAAGCGCAGAAGCAUGGCAGACAACUGGAUAAUGAUCUGGUGGGAAUCAAAUUCUGUCAUCGUGUUUAAAUAAUGUAUAGAAUGGAGCUCACCUUCCUGGAAUUUACCUAGAAAGGUUAAUUUUGAAACUGACACAUUUUCAGAUGGAAAAAAAAAUUACACUUAUUUUGUACAGAAUUAUGUAAAACACAGAUCUGUUGUAUGUAAUGAGUAACAGUUUUGAAAACUUUAAUUCUUUAGCUUUAUCAAGUUUGGGUUGGGUUUUGUUUUGUUUUGUUUUUCCUUCCAUAAACCUGGAUUAUCACGUUAUAACCUGAAGUAUCUCACCAGGAUAACAGUGCCCUUUCUUUUUUGUACAUAUGGAUUUGGAAAUUUCUUUACUGUUCCGUGGACACUUUCUAUGUUAGUUUUGAUGCAUACUACUUUGAAUCCUUUUAUACAAACUAGAAUGUAUGUGUAAGAAUUACUGUCACUGCAAUGUAGUAACUACAAACUUAUUUUUAAAUAAAUAGAAAACAUGUUUUUCUAA